CCGGCUGCCCGGGCCGCGAACGCGGCCGAGCUGUCCGCGGGCGGACGGGCAGGAGCAGCCGGAGCGGCGAGCCCGGAGCCGCAGCUACCGCCGGCGGGGAAGGCCGCCCUCCCGUCGCCCGCCGACCGCGACCGCGACCCCGGCGGGACGAAGAUGCCGCUGCUCGCCCCGGCGCCGGCGCGGGUCCCCCGGCGCGGGCGCUCGCCGCCCUGGAGCGCCGCCUGGAUCUGCUGCUGGGCGCUCGCCGGCUGCCCGGCGGCCUGGGCCGGGGACCCGCGCUCCGCCGCCGGCCGCCCGCCGCCUCCGUGCCGGGAGAAAGAUUACCACUUUGAAUAUACCGAAUGUGACUCCAGUGGCUCCAGGUGGAGAGUUGCCAUUCCAAACUCUGCAGUGGACUGCUCUGGCCUGCCCGACCCAGUGAGAGGCAAAGAAUGCACUUUCUCCUGUGCUUCUGGAGAGUAUCUAGAAAUGAAGAACCAGGUAUGCAGUAAGUGUGGCGAAGGCACCUACUCGUUGGGCAGUGGCAUCAAAUUUGAUGAAUGGGAUGAAUUGCCAGCAGGAUUUUCCAACGUUGCAACGUUCAUGGACACUGUGGUGGGCCCUUCUGACAGCAGGCCAGAUGGCUGUAACAAUUCUUCUUGGAUCCCUCGUGGAAACUACAUAGAGUCUAAUCGUGAUGACUGCACGGUGUCUUUGAUCUAUGCCGUGCACCUUAAGAAGUCAGGUUAUGUCUUCUUUGAGUACCAGUAUGUGGACAACAACAUCUUCUUUGAGUUCUUCAUUCAAAACGAUCAGUGCCAGGAGAUGGACACCACCACUGACAAGUGGGUAAAACUCACAGACAAUGGAGAAUGGGGCUCCCAUUCUGUAAUGCUGAAAUCAGGCACAAACAUAUUGUACUGGAGAACUACAGGCAUCCUUAUGGGUUCCAAGGCGGUCAAACCUGUGUUGGUAAAAAAUAUCACAAUUGAAGGGGUGGCAUACACAUCAGAAUGCUUUCCGUGCAAGCCAGGCACAUUCAGCAACAAACCUGGUUCAUUCAACUGCCAACUAUGCCCCAGAAACACGUAUUCUGAGAAAGGAGCCAGAGAAUGCAUAAGGUGUAAAGAGGACUCCCAUUUUUCAGAGGAAGGAUCCAGCGAAUGUAUGGAGCGUCCUCCCUGUACCACUAAAGACUAUUUCCAGAUCCAUACUCCAUGUGAUGAAGGAAAGACUCAGAUAAUGUACAAAUGGAUAGAGCCCAAAAUCUGCCGGGAGGAUCUCACAGAUGCUAUUAGAUUGCCCCCUUCUGGAGAGAAGAAGGAUUGUCCACCUUGCAACCCAGGAUUUUAUAACAGUGGGUCAUCUUCUUGCCAUCCCUGCCCUCCUGGAACAUUUUCUGAUGGAACAAAAGAAUGCAGACCAUGUCCAGCAGGAACAGAACCUGCCCUUGGGUUUGAAUACAAAUGGUGGAAUGUUCUUCCUGGCAACAUGAAAACUUCCUGCUUCAAUGUAGGGAAUUCAAAGUGUGAUGGAAUGAAUGGUUGGGAGGUGGCUGGAGAUCAUAUUCAGAGUGGGGCUGGAGGUUCUGAUAAUGAUUACCUGAUCUUAAACUUGCAUAUCCCAGGAUUUAAACCUCCCACAUCUGUGACUGGAGCCACAGGUUCUGAACUAGGAAGAAUAACCUUUGUCUUUGAGACCCUCUGCUCAGCCGACUGUGUUCUGUACUUCAUGGUGGAUAUUAAUAGAAAAAGUACCAAUGUGGUGGAAUCAUGGGGUGGAACCAAAGAAAAACAAGCUUACACCCACAUCAUCUUCAAGAAUGCAACAUUUACAUUUACUUGGGCAUUUCAGAGAACUAAUCAGGGUCAAGAUAAUAGACGAUUCAUCAAUGACAUUGUGAAGAUGUAUUCUAUCACAGCCACUAAUGCGGUUGAUGGGGUGGCGUCCUCCUGCCGUGCCUGUGCCCUUGGUUCUGAACAGUCGGGCUCAUCGUGUGUCCCCUGCCCCCCAGGCUACUACAUUGAGAAGGAGACGAACCAGUGCAAGGAAUGUCCACCGGACACUUACCUGUCCAUACAUCAGGUCUAUGGCAAGGAGGCUUGUAUUCCAUGUGGGCCCGGGAGUAAAAGCACUCAGGACCACUCAGUGUGCUACAGUGACUGCUUUUUCUACCAUGAAAAAGAAAAUCAGAGUUUGCACUAUGACUUCAGCAACCUCAGCAGUGUGGGCUCGUUCAUGAAUGGCCCCAGCUUCACCUCUAAAGGAACAAAAUACUUCCAUUUCUUCAAUAUCAGUUUAUGUGGGCAUGAGGGGAAGAAGAUGGCUCUCUGUACCAACAAUAUAACAGACUUUACAAUAAAGGAAGUGGCCGCAGGAUCAGAUGAUUAUACGAAUUUGAUAGGAGCAUUCGUAUGCCAGUCAACUAUUAUUCCUUCUGAAAGUAAGGGUUUCCGAGCAGCCUUAUCAUCACAAUCCAUCAUUCUAGCAGACACAUUUUUAGGAGUGACAGUUGAAACCACAUUGCAAAAUAUAAAUAUAAAAGAAGAUAUGUUCUCAGUUUCACCAAGCCAAAUACCAGAUGUGCAUUUCUUUUAUAAGUCUUCCACAACUACAACAUCUUGUAUUAAUGGCCGAUCAACUGCUGUGAAAAUGAGGUGUAAUCCUGCUAAACCUGGAGCAGGAGUGAUUUCAGUCCCCAGCAAGUGCCCAGCAGGUACCUGUGAUGGGUGUGCAUUCUAUUUCCUGUGGGAAAGUGCUGAAGCUUGCCCUCUAUGCACAGAGCAUGAUUUCCAUGAGAUUGAGGGGGCUUGCAAGAGAGGAUUUCAGGAAACCUUAUAUGUGUGGAAUGAACCUAAAUGGUGCAUUAAAGGAAUUUCUUUGCCGGAGAAAAAGUUGUCAACCUGUGAAACAGUUGACUUUUGGCUAAAAGUGGGAGCAGGUGUGGGAGCUUUCACGGCUGUUUUGCUGGUGGCUCUGACUUGUUACUUCUGGAAAAAGAAUCAAAAACUGGAGUACAAAUAUUCCAAGUUAGUAAUGACAGCUAACUCUAAAGAGUGUGAACUCCCAGCUGCAGACAGUUGUGCUAUCAUGGAAGGAGAAGAUAAUGAAGAGGAAGUGGUAUAUUCCAAUAAACAGUCACUACUAGGAAAACUCAAAUCCUUGGCAACAAAGGAAAAAGAAGACCAUUUUGAAUCUGUUCAACUGAAAUCCUCAAGAUCCCCAAAUAUAUGAAGAGACAGUGCUGUAGUCUUCAGACUAAGAACAGAGAAACCUGCUCUAGUUUUACAGGACCAUAUUUUAGGGCCUGUCCUCACACCUGUCACUUUGGUGAUCUCACUGAGGUGGGCCGUGUAGCUGAAAAGGGAAGGAGGUUGAAACGUUUGAUUGCCUUAUCACAUGGUCAAGUACCUUGCCAAAAAAGGAAAACAUGAUUUGGGUCUCAACUGAAGAUGAAACUCAACUCAGGAAGAGAUUUAUCUGUAUAUACUCAUAACUGAAAACCAAGUUAAAGCUCACCAGUGCACUGCUGAUGCAUGCCACAUAAUUAAUGGGUAACUUUUAUUCUUCAUAAUGUCUAUGUAAACAAGUGUGCUUUGGAGGGCAGAUGUGAGCUUAUGCGCUGUGAUCCCAUUUAUGUUUUUUCUUUGUAUGUAUUUUGGGAAAGAUUGGAAAAUUUUCUUAAGGUAUGGUUAUAUUUCCCUUUAUUUAUUUUCUUGAGAGACUUUAAAACAGCUUUUAUAUUAAAAAUUAUGAGCAACCAAGACAAUAAAUUUUUCAUUUUUUUCCAUA